CCAUUCACACAAAUCAUCAUCCAGAGAGAACUAGAGAGAGAAUUAUAGAGAGAGAGAGAGAGAGAGAGAUGAGGAAGAGAGGAAGAGCAGCGACGAAGAAGACAUCAGCAGCUGAUUUCCUAGCAUCACUACCAGAAGGAAAUGCAGUGAACACUCGCAAGAAGUCUACCGAAUUAUCGCCGGAAAAUUCCUUCGAAUUCACGCUCAAUUCUCCGCCGUCAAACUCUGGAACUCGCCGGAAAUCGCCGCAACGUAAAAUGGAGGCGUUGUCUUCAAUAUCGGAGCUGAAGGAAAUGGUGUCGUCUCAAUUGGACUCGAUCAAGCGACAGGCUGAUCGCUCUCACUCUGAUAUAAUCAAGGAGGUCGAAUCCACUAAUUCUCGCCUUCACAAACGCUUGAAGAUUCAGGCUCAAGCAUGUCAGCAACUCAUGGAUGAGACAGAUAAGGAAUUUAAGAAGAUGUCUGAAAGGAUUACUGAAAGCUGUGAUGUGAUGAAGACUUCGUAUAAUGAGUUUAUAGGGGACGCACAAACCACUGCAACUCGUGUGUGUAAGACAACUAUCCCUGAGAAAGCAGAUUUUUAUGAGAAAGCUAUUAAUUCUCUGCGGAACCGCCUUGGGAUCUUUCCAGCAGCUUAAGUUGCUUUGUGCUGUAUCCUGGUGACCUGGGACAAGCUGCUGCAAUUCAGACAGUUUGGUGUCAGAAGUGUCGAGUGAGAAACUUAUGUAGAUGCCCUGGCCUACCUAGUCCUUAGUGUCGGUACAAAAGAUUAUAAUCACGUAGAGAGCAUUCCAUUUUAGCAGGUAAAUAGGUGAAAAACAUAGUACUGCAGUAAGUUGUGAAGGAGAAACACAUUCAUGAGAAAGGGCUAUAAGAAAACUAACACAAACUGAGGCUAUCCUAUAUUUCUGGAGCGCUGUAUCAGUGUUCUGUUAGUGUUACUUGACGUACGAAUUAUAUUCUAAUUCUUGCUUUGCUUUAUUAGAUUGCUUAUUGUGCUGUUGUC